GAGGCUUAUUUUGUUUAGCUGCAUGAGCUGGCAGUGGGCCGACUGAGAUCAUAGGAUAUGGUUUCGGAAAUCCACAGAAGGUCUUUAUUUCACAGAAUUGCUGAUUCAAUUACAGGGUUUGUUCCAUCGUCGAUUUUACCGGCAAUUAAUGUUUCUCCUGCGAAAUCGGUUGACCCACUUAAAGGAGAUUUGAGAGCUAACCUCAAAAGGACCAAUGAUGUUCUUGAUCAUUGUAGUGAACCAGGACCCAAGGAUAAAGCAUGGGGCUAUAAGGAACACAGCUUGAGAUACACGAAUGUUGACCUUGAUGCCACAGAUAAAUCAGAAAGUGAAUGCAGCCUCCACUCCUUUUCUACGAGUGGAGUUUCAUCGUUAAUGCCUAAGUCGUGGGUAUUGGGAUGCAAAAACGGCCAAAGUAGAUCUACGGCUCAACGUAUGGAAUUGUGCUCAGAUAGCUAUACGAACACAGCAGUGUGCAACCCAUUAAAAACAACCUGUUGUAAACAAUCACCUUCGUGCCAGACCUCCCGGAGUGACUUCAAAACAUAUCCUUAUCCCUUACCAAAACGCCAGCGCUUGUCCACAACGCCGAACCUUAGUCCUUCAUCUACUUGGCGUUCUCGUUUAGGAACUACAUACGGGGGAGCUGCCAGUUGUCGUAAUGCUCGGGAGUUGUUCGAAUUCACUACGCCGUUGAAAUUUGACCUAUAUUCAGAUCGAAAUUCUCAACUUGGAAGUGCCCCAAGCGCUAAUUUGAGUUCUACUGCUCGGAGAAUUCUCGAGACGUUAGAAAAUCUUUCGGCUCCACUCACUUCAGGUUAUUUACAGUCUUCUGUACAAAGACAUGUGAGACAGGUCAAGACUCGUGUGAAAUCUCAUCGGUUUCCACCGUUCUUAAAAAGUUAUGAAAAAGUAGAUUCUCUUUGUAAAGAUUGCAAGUCGCAUUCAUUUUGUGAAAACGGAGUUCAAAAUCAUAUACAGCCUCAUGUUUCAUCGAAGCCAACAGUAUUUCCUGAGAGAUUGCAAAAACAGAGACAUGUCACUGUCGAAUGUUCAAUCUCAGAGACUUGUAAAUCAGGAGACAAAUUACUACCUGUAUACACAUUCGCAGAUCCAAUUCACAACUUUUCUCUACAUGAUCACAAAGCUGCUGUGUCACCUAUAGCUCGUCAUGAAUAUCUUUUCAGCUGUCCAAGUCGUUCGUGUUCUAGAUGCUCGGCAGGUCUAAUUGGUUCGGAAUCUAACAUACAACAAAUCACUACUGAAAGUAAUUCUGUCAAAUCAAAAAUCACAGAAAAUAAUACAUGGCGUUGUGAAACUUGUUUGUUGGAGAAUUCAGAGACAAGGGUUGCAUGUCAAGGCUGUUCCCUUCCAAAAUCAAACCCUCUGCAUGCAAAGGAUUUAUAUUAUGUAUCGUCUGCCCCAACGUCUGUACAUACAGUGGAAACAUCAGUAUCAAGCUUAUUAGCAGUCAACAAUGAGGCUUCGCAAUGGGAGUGUCCUACAUGCAUGGUAUUCAAUGAAAAAAAUGCGACCAAUUGCAUAUGCUGUCAAACUUUAAGGCCUACAAAUAUCUCGACAAGUGUGUGGGAUUGCCCCACUUGUUUGGUACAAAAUAACGAGAAAUCGGAUAAAUGCUGCUGUUGCUCUACAGGAAAACCAAAUAGUCACAUAACUACAAAUAACCCGAGCUUAUCUAAAUUAACUGGUCAAUCGUCUGGUCAUUUCGAGUUCGGGUUUGGUGUUCGAGGUCCUGCUAAUUCGGUAAAGUUAGAAGCUUUUCUUUCGAAUGAUGUUCGUAAUUCGGAGCAAGAUCGUAAAGCUCAUCCCAAUACGGAAAUGAAGUCUUUUGAUACACUCAGUAAAUCACCUCGAGGAAAACAAUCAGAACCAUCUAUUUGUGGUGGUUCUAUUUUGCAGACAAAUCAUACACCUCAACUCAAGUUGUCAUCUCAGUUUGGUAUUAUUAACAGCAACAAUGACUUCAAAGAUAUUGAACCGAGUAGUACUACUAGUGUACAUUCGUCCUUGGAGCAAACUCAGUUACUGAAUAGCAUCGGUUUUAGAUUCACAUCCACAACCGCUAAUAAUCUUGUUUCAGCCAACCCUAUAAAUUCAAGUGUUCAGAAAAAUAAUGCAUUAUUAUGCACAUCCAAUCCAAGCAGUUCGGCAGCAGUAAACGUAUAUACGCGUACUUCUUCUUUGACUUUCCCCAAUCACCGGGAAACAGGUGUAUUUAGUUUCGAUCCAGCUUUUAGAAUGAGUGGUGACACAAUUUCAUUCACAACUUCGUCUCAACCUUCAAAUUUCAUAAAUUCAAACGAAGGGUAAGUUAAAAAUUUACCAGGUAACUCAAGUAAGAAAUAUUGUAUUCUGAAUAAUUUACUUACCUCGGUAUCAUUAUUUUGUGCAACCUAAAUAUAUACAUCAGUAACAGUGAAUAAUGUGCAUAUAGUCGCUACUUCUUAUUGUCCAUUAGAACACCUCUAAUCCAAUUUCCUUUUCGGGUACCUCCAGAAGAACCCUUCCACAGUGUGGGCAACCGGGAAGUGAUAACCGCCCUCAUACCUCUAACAGACCACUGUAUUCAUAAUCAACCUCCAUCUUCAACUCUCAUUAUUCCUCCUACAUCGACUUUCAACUCUAAUCUACCUCUCUUACUUCCUCCUCAAAUGUCACCAUAUCCAACGAUUCUAGUGCUCAAAACACUGUCCCAGGUCUACUGAAACCUCGCUCCAAACUACACAUUGGAGCCUUUAACGUACGAACCCUAUGUCAAAUCGGUCAGCAGGCUUCCUUGGCUAAAACUCUAGAAUCUCUUACCAUUGAUGUAUGCUGUGUCUCCGAAACACACAUACGGGAUUCCACUGUAGUCAUUCACUUGACCUCACCUCGGCAAAACGGAGAGCCGACGAGAUACACCCUCAGUGUAUCUGGCGACCCGAUUGCCAGUUCUCGUGGACUGGCAGGUAUAGGCAUAGCACUAAGCAUGAGGGCCGAACAAGCACUGCUAGAGUGGAUUCCCGUCAACAGUCGUCUAUGUGCUGUUCGGCUAAACGGCUACGUAAAAACUCGGAAGGAUAGGGACACACGUCGUUGCCUUUUUGUCGUUUCUGCCUACGCUCCCACCGACUGCAGCUCAGAUGAAGUGGAAGAUGAAUUUUACAGAAAGCUGUCCGAACUUCUUCAGAAAGCUAAACGCUCAGACAUAGUACUCGUAGGAGGUGACUUUAAUACUCAGAUAGGUAGUUUAAACCAAACAGAAAGGCAUUUAGGUGGAUAUUUUAGUAUUCCGACACAGCGAACAAAUAAUGGUGAUCGUCUGCUGCAACUAUGCUCAGACAAUCGUUUAUUUUUAGCAAACAAAUUUUAAGCAUAAGGAGAGACAUCGUCUAACAUGGCGACCCCCUACACCAAACCAACGAUGGACUCAGAUACACCAUAUAGCCAUCAGUUAUCGCAGGAAAGGCUCGAUAGAAGACUACCGCUCGUUCUGGAGUACAUGUUUAGACUUUGAUCAUGCUAUAAUACGAGCACGCAUUUGCUUGCACCCCAGUGGACGCGGAAAAGCCACACUAAAAAGAUCCAUUAGAGAAAGCCAAAUACAUAUUCCAGAAACAACUGAAGUCACACUUUGGCAAUUUCGAAAAGGAGACUGAUCCGGAUGUUGCUUGGAAAAGUAUACAAACAGCUGUCGAAACAGCAGCAAAAUCCAUUAGCGAUUUGAACCAAAGGGUUACGAAAACCCAGUGGAUUUUUGCGACAUGUGUUGGACUUUCGUAAACUUGUCCCAUUCAGCUCUGAGCACGAUGAACAAAACGAAUCAGAUCUAAGUUAAACGGAAGCCUACGGGUCAUCGUAAGCAGUGCUGAGCAACAGAACUAAGAUAUAGAAAAGGCAGUGUCUGUAGACAACACCAGACGGCUUUUCAGACUAAUAAACUGGGAUUACGUAGUCAUGUGCAAGUGAGACAAUCUCUGAAAAAGACGACACUUAUUUACUCUCAGUCUAGACGUUUAGAAUGAGCAGUGAAACACUUUAAGGAGCAUUUCAGUUACUUUACAGCUACCCAAAAUUUCUAAACAGUCCGAAUGACCCCCUGACUGUAAUUGGAGGUAAAUAAAGCUAGGGCUGACUUUAAACGAGAGAUAGCAACUGGUUCACAUGCCUCCAGAGGUCCAGUUUUAGCGGUCAUAUUGAUUAAUAUUUUAGCUAAAAUCUUGAAACCGCACGUAAUCCCAUCUGAUAGCGAGUGAACGCUUCGAAAACUUUACUUAUUUUGAAAGUCUGAUCAACUCUAAUCUGUUGUUGUAUAACGAAAUCUCUGUACGCAUCCAGCAUACUCGUUUGGCUUUAGCUAAUUUACGUCACUUAUGACAAAGACGAGAUAUCCGUCUAUCAAUUAACGGACGAGUACAUUGCACAGCAGUUGGUUCUGCUCUACUUUACGGUCUCGAAAUGUGGCCAUUAAGAGUAGAAGAUACUCGUCAGCUACUAGUAUUUGAUCACAAAUGUGGUAUCGCUUCUUAGUGCAAAUUUUUUAACGCAUGAAUAAUGCUUUGGUGAAUUCAGAUUUCGAACGAACUCCGUUAAUUUCGAAAUAUAUAUAUAUAUAACUCCGGAAGAUCAAAAACUCAUCAACUGACGACUGGUUCACAAGGAUUCGAAACUGAAAUGUCCAACUGUCCUAAGAACCUACAUAUACAAACCAUAAGCACUUUAGUUAAAAAUACCACCAGUGAGCGUUGUUUUCAGCUAUGCAAUUCAAUGCAUAAUGUAAAAGUGAAUUGAGUGAUUUCAUUCAAAACAUCGUUUAUCUUGAAAGGCUUAUCAGCUCAUGGGCUCAAAAUCUAAAGAAUAUUGACUCAGAAUAAGGUAGCGCGCUUGAGUUUCAUCAUCCUGCAUCACAGUUAAAAUCGUCACAAUUUUUGCGUUUAAUAAAUGUUAAUUUGUUCAACGUGUCUUCGAAUCAGCGUUCAUCUAUUUGAUAUAUAUCCACUGAUGCUUAUAUUUAAAAUUAUGAUAUACUUUAAAACCCAUUGAUUCAUUCCACAACGUAUCUUGUCACCACGUGUCACUCUCAUAAUCACUACAAGUAAAAAAUCAUUUUCGUUCCGCUUAUAAACCGAAGCAAACCGAGUUGAUGCUAGCACAUUUGAACCAGAUAUAAUGUUACAAAUUUAAUGCAGUGAUAUAUUAUUUAAUUUACACAUAAUUAUGUCAUUCAAAAAUUUUAAAGCUUAUUAAUUUAAAUUCUUAUCCUUCGUAAAUUAGCGCUCGAGAAAACAAAGAAAUCCGUAAAAAAGCUCAUGCAGUACGCCGCCUACGCCGAUGAGAUAACCAGAACAUGGUCAAUUGACAAUGAAACCGAGCAUAACAUCCUAUCACUUGUUUGUAAAUAUAGACCUACUAAUGCACACUAUUUGUAAAGACAUUAAUAUCAUUACAAACUAUUAU